CAUCAACAUUCCAUUCUCCUCUGUUAGCAGGAACAUUCAAUCUUCGAUAUCCUCUCGGUCAACUAGGGUGUCCGGCCUGUGCUUUGGUGUGGAGAUUCGCGAUUGAGCACGAUGUUUGACGAUUUCGUAGAGCACUCCUCAAGUGGCGGUAAACAGAUUAGCGCUGUCAACAGGAUCGAUGCCUACGGUCGGCGUCAGCAACACGCUUAUGUGCCGGUCGACGGAUUCGAGCAGGACACUCUGGUGGACGGCGAGCACGAGUUCGAUGUAGCAGGCGGGGACGAGUUGGAAGCGUUGGAGCCUCUCUAUAUGCCUAAGCUUCUGGCAGAUGGAUCCGCACCCAUCUUCUCGCUUUCAUCGGUCCAGUUUUCCUUGCCGGGUGAUCUGCUAUCUUUGCAAGUCAACAACAAUACCCUGGCAAUGGCCAUCGAACCCUUGUCCUUGAUCCUCAUCGACUUGAACCGGCCGGCCGAGUUGGUGAAUGUGGAUCUGCCGCGCCCUGCACCGGACGGGAGGGGUAGCAACCCAGCCAUCAAGGCUCUCUUCGGAGACCCUACAGGACGACAUCUCUUGAUCACGGUGACGACAGGAGAUGUAUUUUACCUCUCCACCGCCGUUAUCGCUACCGGACAGGCUGGAGCGGCUGCCAACACAGCUCGAAAGGCUCGACCGCUCCGUUUGAGACAUGCGAUUGCAUGCGUCGCGUGGGCACCGGCCGUUCCGGAGUCAGCGGGAGCGACUCGGACUGAUGUGGCGGAGUGUCUUCUCGGCUCUACGGACGGAUCGAUCUCAACCCUGACGCUACCUCCUAGCGACGAUAUCUUCAACCUCAAAUCGGUUUCACUCGCCAAGACGUUCGAGCGAGAUCACGUGGAUAUCUUCACCUUUCCGGGAAGGGAGAGCGUAGGAGGCUUGUCUUUUGGCUUUUGGAAAGAUCCCUCGACGAAGCAAGGCAACGCCAAAAUUCCCGGUGAAAAGAAGGUAUGGCUUCUCACGUCGACCGCGACACGGCUUUAUGAGUCGCAAGUCAAUGUACCGAGCGGCAAUCCUGGAUGGCACAUGGUUGGAAAGUACGGAUGGGCUGAAGAGAUGUUCAAGACUUUACGGGAUCAGAAGACAAUCCCAAAGUCGCUGGAGUUCGCCGACUCUUCGGCGUCUACGAUGCUCAGCUCGUUCUGGCAAACAGCUUCACCCAACAGUCGCAAGAACAGUUUGAAGACCGUGCGCCAACCCAAGAUUCUCGCACGACUUACAAAUCCGGGCAUCUACCAUACGGAAAUUCCAUCUGAACGAUCGUCGAAUAUGCUCGAACGCUUCCAGACGUGUCCAUAUGCCACCAGUGGCCAAGGUGAUACUAACCUGGAGGCGACCGUCAUGCCAUUAUCGAUACUGGCCACAGAAUUCCACUUGAUCCUCCUAUUUCGUUCGCAUCUCGUCGCACUGUCGAGAUUGACUCAGCGGAUAGUCUGGGAAGAGAAUUUGAAUCUGCGGCAAGGCGAAAACCCAAAGGGUCUUGUCGCAGAUGAUCAAAACGCUACGUUCUGGAUCUAUACGAAUCAGGCGUUGUAUGAGAUAGUGGUCAAAGACGAGGAUCGCGAUGUCUGGAAGGCCAAGCUUGAGCAGGAGGAUUUCGAGGAAGCCCUGAGAUACGCAAAGAAUCCGAAGCAAUUGGAUAUCGUGCGGUCCCGACAGGCCGACAGUUUCUUCGAUCAGAAACGUUACCUCCAAGCGGCUCAGACUUACUCCAAGUGCUCCCGGAGCUUCGAGUUCGUGACCUUGCGGUUCGUAGAUGCGGACGAGAAGGAUGCGUUGCGGAUAUACCUUUCUGAGCGGCUGGAUGCAUUGCCGAAAACGGACGCAACGCAACGCAUGAUGUUGGCUACUUGGCUGGUUGAGAUCUAUUUGAGCAAAUGCAAUACGCUCGAGGAUAUCAUUGCAGCGGAGGCUGCCACAUCCGAUGUUGAUAGCCUCCGAACAGAGCUCUUGCUGAUGGAAGAGGAUCUGCGAAACUUUUUGACGACUUACAAGGCCAACCUGGAUGCUACAGUUGUCUAUGAAUUAAUACAGAGUCAUGGUCGAACCGACAUCUACCUGUUCUACGCUGGCCUUCUCGACGAUCACGACAUUGUCAUUCAGCAUUACAUCGAUAACGAAACGUGGUUGGCUUCUAUCGAUGUCCUUAACAGACAGUCAUCCCUGGACCUGUAUUAUCGUCAUGCAUCGACAUUGAUAGCCCAUGCGACCAAGGAGACGAUAGAAUGCUGGCUGAAACGACCGAUGCUGGAGCCGAAGCGCCUCGUACCGGCCCUGUUAUCGCUGCAUCGCACACGGAAUUCCUCUUCUCGUGCUCAUGUCAUGAGGUAUCUCCGUACCGUCAUCGAUCGUGGAGACCGGGAACGGACGGUACAUAACCUGCUGUUGACAAUGUUGGCACAAGAAGACCAAGCGGACGAAGUUAUGCUGUUGGACUUUCUCAACAACGUCGCAGACAAUCCUCUAACUGGAAAGCCAUAUUACGAUCUGGAUUACGCUCUACGUACAUGCAAAUACAACGACCGACUGCUGUCCUGCAUCUUGAUCUACUCCAAGAUGGGUCUCUAUGAGAACAGUGUGGAUCUAGCUCUGGCAAAGGACAAUCUGGACUUGGCAAGGCUGAAUGCCAACAAGCCGGAGGAUAACGACGAUCUACGCAGGCGUUUAUGGCUGAAGAUCGCCAAACACGUCAUUCAAGAUCGCAAGGAUAUCAAGAGUGCCAUACAAUUUCUGGAGCAAACGGACCUCCUCAAGAUUGAAGACAUCCUGCCGUACUUUCCCGACUUUACCGUCAUCAAUGAAUUCAAGGACGAGAUCUGUAAUGCUCUCGAGGACUAUAGCGUCCACAUCGAACGCUUACGGGGAGAAAUGGACGAUGCAACUCAGUCGGCGGAAAAUAUCAAGUCGGACAUUGAAAACUUGCGCAAUCGCUUCAUUACGAUCGAUGCCAAUGAAAGGUGCUCAAAGUGCCGAGCCGCUCUUUUGACAAGGCAGUUCUAUGCGUUCCCGUGCCAGCACACGUUCCACACAGAUUGUUUGAUUGCGAUGGCCAAGGAGACAUUGCCUGCGAGCUCAUUGCGCCGAAUACUGCAUCUUCAGGACGAAUUGGUCCGCCUGGCGAAACCGAUCAAAUACGCGACAGCCGAGCAAGAGACGAAAACAAGAACCCUCUUGUCGGCAGGUACAGCGCCGGUGCCUGUGAUGGAGGGCAUAGCCUCGGCCCUCGACCCUAGCAACCUCCUAUUCGGAGGUAGCAGGAAACUCCUAGCCGCCGGAGAUAAAUUACGGGAACUCAUCAUUCCCGAUGUUCUGGCUUCCGCUGUCAGCGUUGUCAGCGGCAAGGGAAGCAAAGGAGAGAGGGGAAUGGUCGCAAACGACGCUCGGGAUCAGGACAAGAUCGACAAGCUCAGAGCGGAAAUCGAUCAGGUUCUAGCGAUGACAUGCGUUCUCUGCGAGAGUUCCAUUACGACGCUGGAUCGACCAUUCGUGACCGAGACCGAUGAUGACGGCUCAUGGGAUAUUUAAUGCAGCUCAGCAUCAAGACGAAGAUUAUGAAAAGGCAAUUGGCGCAGGCUGUAACCACUUUUAUAGAGAGAUGUAGGAACCAGU